CAUCCUGGAGAUUUAGAUUUGAUCAUCCUCUCUUGGCUGAAACUCUAUAACUGGUUUCCUAGCAACCACUGCUGGUCUGACAACAAACACCAAAGCCAGUUUUUCAGCACUACUGUAUGUCAAUCAGUGGCAUUUGAUACUUUCUAAACUUUAGAAAUGCCUAAUAAUGUCUGAGAACAUCGCUUCUAAUAUUCAGAAUGAUACUUUCUUGUUGAUGGAGAAUUAUGAGAAGUGUGCCAGAAGAAUUCAGUCAUACUGGAGAUCGUUUAGGGACAGACGGCUCUUCAGACUCAUGACGAAUACUCUACGCUCCGCGGAGCAGUUUCCGGCUUUGACAGUUCUGCAUCAUCUCAGUCCCAGAGAAGCAGAACUCCUGAAAGACCCCAGUCUAAAGUGCAAGAUCCGAUUCAGGUUUGCAGGUCCUCGAUUUCCACCUUCUGUUGUGUUCAAGAUUUUCCACACUGGAGGAGGACGACACUAUCUGUCUGGCCAAAAAGCCUUUGCUCCCUCCAACCAGGCCACAGCAGACACCUGCAGAAUGAUGGGAAAUAGAGCAUUUAUGGAUCUCAUUUCAGUGAACGAGAUUCACAAAGCCGCUGUUGAACCACAAGACGUGAUUUGCAUGAGAGACUAUAUGCAGUACUCCAGCCACAUGGAUGAGCUUCCAGCACGUCUAGGUGGCAGAGAAAACGGAUGGAGGUUCCUGUCUCUGAAGGUGCUGUCCCGCGACAUUGUGCUCAGAGGAGGCGUAAAGCCUGGAAUGAGAGGUUUUAGUGUAGGCAAACUGAAUCCGGUCCUGCCGUUAAGACAUCUUGCCCGCUCUGAUUUUGCCGGACAGCAGCUCUCACACAGAGGUUUUCUGACCUCCACACGACGCUCUGCCCACGCUCAAAACACUUCAGCUCACAAGAGACGCCUCUACGGCCUGCCUGAGACUGAAAGAGUGUUAAAUGAACAUAUGGACAGCAUUAAUAACCAUGACGUGAAGAAACAGAACGGGACAACUGAGAAAUGGGGCAUCAAGAUAGUUCUCCCAUUCGUUGAAACUGAAGAAUAUGACGACAACUCAUCUGAGUCUGAAUGGGAGGAAGAGGCAGAGAAACUGUGCGACUGGUCUAAACAACUGGAUAUAGAUGCAGUCGACACACCUGAGCUCAUUUAGAUAGAGAAACAAUGUUUUACACUAGUAGAUACCUUGAUUAAAGGAUGCAUUUCAAGUAUAA